AUGACGGGGCACGGAGUCAAGUUAGACACCCUUAAGGACUGCCUCCGGUUUCUGGAGUGGUUGCAUAGAGGAGAGGGACAGAGUAUGCAGGACAAGGUGGCUGUAGAUUUAUAUGGGCGUAUUCAUACAUAUUUUAUAGAGAAGCCAAAUCAUUUCAACCUGAAGAACGUUAAAGACGGCUUGUCCGCUUUCCUCGCCACCGUGUCAGCGUUCUACACGAGGUUAUGCUACAAUCCAGAGGCAGGUAAAUAUGUUAGUAAACAACCUAGUGACAUUGCCGACGCACUUCUUGAGUGUCUACCCAAGUUCCUCGCAGCAAUCUACUACCUUUGGUAUUGCGUGGAUCCGGCUUUCGAGAGACUCGGAGGCGGUGGGUGGCAGAAGGACUGGACUGGAUAUGAGACUGAAUGGGGGUGGUGGCAUUCUGGUUCCAGCGGCGGUGACCUGCAGAAAUAUCUCAGAGCUCAGGAACGCGAUGCCCUUAACUAUGGUGGCAUGAUACCCGGGGGGUUCGGUAAAGACGAGGUGAGAUAUGGUAGAAAUGUGUUGGAUUAUGGCUACCCUCAGGGUUAUAAAAUGGCUCUGGACCUACAAGCCAUUUUGAGCAAAAAAUAUUACAAUUUCUACCGGAGCGUGUUUGUGACUUCGGUGUUCUCCAAGAGUAAUGGCACCGGUACUCCCGACACCGCGAACGCUGUCUCAUUGGUCAGAACCUUUUGCGAUAUUAUCAAUAGUGAGACAAGUGAAGGAGGCGGAUCUCUGAAAACAGCCUUGGAAGAUGGACUUAAAAGGUUCGGGUCCCAUAAAUCCAUAUGCUGGCAAGAACUAAAAGAUCAUUGCGCUGAGCUUAGAGGAAAAUUUGACAAAUUCUUCGAACACAAUAAACGUUUUGACUUCACCGGGCAGUCGACAAAACUUGAAAACCUUAAGACAGAGGACUUGGCGAAGCGUACAGCGGAUUGGAUUAGAGAGAAGCUAAACAUAGUGCGGGGGAGAUUGAAAGAUAUUAAUACAGGUGACCCUGUCAUCAACAAUCCCGACAAGAAAGAUCUUGGCAAAUAUUUUACCGAUAAUUUAUUCCCCUACGGAUUCACAUUUAAUGGAGAAAUUCGCUUUGUAAAGUCGCCAAAGGAAGUGCAGGAUUUGAUGAGGGAUUGGCGUGACGGCAUCGAUGAGUUUUUUGGUGCUGGUAAAGGUUUGGAAAGGCUUAAAGAUAUUUUGCAUGGUGAGAAAAAACAAUCGUGUCAAGAGCUCCCGCCUGAAAAGAAAUCUGAAGGAACUCCAAACCAGGGCAAGAAAGCGGAGGGAGCCCAGAACCAGGGCAAGAAGGGUGAGGGAGCACAGAACCAGGGCAAGAAAGCGGAGGGGAAUCAAAAUCAAAGUGGAACUAGUCUUGGAGUUCUGCCAACUGUGAAGUCUGUUGUUCACACUCAGUCAUCCGGUGAUCCAGGAGCUACAGGCCCGAAAGGGCCUAAGGAUCAAAAGGUUCCGGUGUCUUCUUCGACUCCAACUCCAAAAGUUGUACAGCCUCCUGCUGCAACUCCGUCUCCUGGUGGUGGAGGAGCUUCAGGCCCGGCAGGGCCUAAAGGUGAUGCAGGCCCACCAGGGCCUAAAGGUGUUCAAGGUCCGCCAGGGCCUAAAGGUGAUCCAGGCCCGCAAGGGUCUAUUGGUACAGGGCCUCCGGCGUCUUCCUCGCCUACAAAUACACAAGUUCAACGAACUCUUCAACCUAAGACGCCACCUCAACCUCAGCAACCUCCUCCCCCUCCACCGGCUGCUCCCCCUCUUCCUGCAGCCCCCGCCCCCGCUGGUAAGCCAGGUGUCGGGGGUGCGGGUUCAACGUCCGAUACGUCUCCAGGUGCACAGCCUAUUCCUCCUCAAGUCCCUGCGAUCACUCAGCGUCCGAGUGUUUCAGGUCCAGGCCCUGGGCCAACUGGUGAUAAGGGGACUGGUACCCAAGGUGGUAAAGAUAUUGGUCCACCAACAAGUCAAGGCGCCGAUCCAACUUUAAGCAGCGGCGGUACUACAUCGGCUGGCACGAUGCCUGGUGGAGGGAGUUCUGGAAAGUUGCCUACGCCGGCCUCACCUGCAGUUAAAAAGUGCCUGGAACCUACUUUUGAUAAUCUUUUGAGUAAUCCAAAGGGGAAAUUUUGUGAUCCUAGAACGCGCCCCAACGCUGUUCUCAAGAACUAUGAAAACCAGAAGAGACUUCACGAUCAGCGCCAGAAGCAGUUGGAUGAUUUGAUUAACAGGGUUUCACCACAGCAAAAGGCGGAAGCGGAGUGGCGUGAACGGCACGAAGCCAACAAAAUAACGUUUCUGCAAGACAUUCAAAAAGAUAUUCAGAAUAAUCUUAAUAGUAAUGAUGCCGAUGUGGUGUUCAUGUCAGGAACUCCGCUUAAAAUUCCAGAGCCUGCCGCCCUUGUAGGGAGACCCGUGAAACGGACUCCGAACCACGGCCAGUCAGAAACAGAUGCUCACAAACAGCUACAGCCGAAUUCAAUUAUACUCACUGGUAAUAAGGUUUCUCCAACCCGCAAGCGUGCCAAGCCCCCUCCGCCAGUCCCCCCUGUUGGUGUCCCGAUGGGCCACCCAAUAGAGCCGACGAAACCCGCUCAGCCUCUUCCAAAGCCGCAACCCAAGAAAAUACGUCCAACAUUUCAUGAUACACCAAAAAAUAUUGUUUUACCUAGAUACAAGCAUCCUCUAAAGAGUCACCCCGUCACUACCCGAUCCAUUCCAACAGCGCACAUUGACGACAAUUACCGUUCAAAAAUGUUGGAAGUUGCUGGUGACAAGGUAACAAGCUCACCAAUAAGCAUCCCGUCUGUAGAUGUGCCAGAAGAUCCUCGACUAGAAAGGUUUCCAACUGUUCCGCUCGAAGGGGAGCCUAUUGCAGACCGCAAUGCACAAUCUGUCUCUAUGCCCCCAGUGGAGUUAGAACCCGCACUGCCGCCUCUACCCAUUGAAUUAGACAUUAAAAAGGCAUACUAUCCCGAAUUACUUUACAAGAAUGAUGAGCGGAAAAGUGUGCCCCUACCAUCAGUUGCUCUUCCUCCAGCCAUACCGGAUGAUAUGUAUCUUGGUGUCCCACCUGAUGGACCCCCGUUGGCAACUAUCCAGGACAUCGCGGUGUUUUCAGAUCCUUAUCAAUGCCGCAACCCCUGGUACGUCCCCGAUUCCUCCACCGAUCUAACCCCUUCACCUGCCUCCCCUCCCCCAAACACCGACCAGCUGCCCCCUCCCAAGACCGUCAGGGAGAUGCUCCACUGGAUGGUCGGAUUGAACCAAUAUGGGUAUGUUGGGAUUAUUGAGAAGCAUGUUGAAGUCAUUUUAAGGGAAUAUAAAAAUGAUGCCUCACAAUCACCAGAUGCCCUAGAGGUCACUGGGAAACCAUACACUCUGGAAGCUACCCAUGUCUCCCAGACCCUGAACGAGGCGUGCCACUACGCUGCAAACUUUCUCCACAAGAUUAAGUAUAAGGACUCCAAAGAUGGAUCGUCAACCCUUGACUUCAGCUCAGAAUAUUCCAAGCUUUGUUAUUCCAUCGACCCCGCCUGCCUCCUCUGCCAGCUGCGGGCCUACGCCUACGCCUACGCCUGCUAUCACCAGUUGACAUUCCUUAAGUCACAGUGUUAUCGGAAUAAAUCUCAGGGAGGUUGGGAGGAUUGUGAGUACGGCCGUGAUGUAUCGUCUCUCAACUCCCCACUCCAGGCCUUCCUGACGGACGCCUCUGCCUCCAAGUUCAAGACGUUCCCCUUCGACCCGCGCAACCUGUGCCGCAAGAGCCGCGUCAGCAUGGGUUUCACAAAGGAGGAUCUGCCUGCGUCUCAACAAACUGCCAAGCAUAUUUUCACCAUCCUCUCUCCCACCUGCGGCGGCGAGGAUCCCCUGCUGACAUUGUCCUCUUACCUCACCUGCCUCACCAGGCGGACGCCGCGCACCACCGGGGAGCUUGUCUCGUUCUUCCACAAUUUCGGGAAUGAGAUGCAUUCAUCAUCUUCACAGUCGUCCAAGGUGGGUACAUCCUUAACCAAUCAGCAUGACGACUGCCCCGGCUGGGACCGUCUCAGAGACUCCGACCUUCACGCCAUCAAGGACGCCAGGGGCUCCGUCCCUCCAAGCUCCAUCCACGACCACGGCGAUUUCAAUACCCUGUCCACGCUGCUUGGCUGCGGCAUCGAUAAUGCCAAGUGCCCACAACUCAUGAAGCCCAUCACCUACCGGGCCUACGCCCUCUACUCCCCGAGCUUCGUCCACCACUACCUCAGCUGGGUGGUCUAUCUGCCAGACAGACUGUGGGACUCCCUGCUCAAGCUUCACUGUGAUCUCGAGAAGCUUCAAUGUCACGACUCUGACUCCAAGUCCAAGUCCCUCCACCAGCAGAAUGGUGCCACUCUACCACGAGGUAGAUGA